CCCUCCUCUUUUCAUUUCAGCAUUUCAGACAGUAAGAUAUACAUAGAGUUAGGCAAGCGCUGGAGAACCUUGUGCUAUUUUGUUGUCUUUCGUGUGUGUUAACAUUGCACUGGUAGACAAAAAUAACUAGUAGUGAUUGUGUAAUCCUUUAUUUUAAUGACUGAGAGCAGGUUUUAAUCAGUGGUCAGUGUGUUCACUCUGGACUUGUUUUAUUUCUGCUCACCAUGAGGUGCCUGUAUCUGCUGUUUCUGGGUGUUCUGUUAGCCGAACUGAACGAUGAGACUGCUGCAGUAACAUGUGCUCCUGGACAAAAAUCUUCAGACAUGUCCUGUAUAGAUGAAGACGAGUGUGAGGACGAGCCAUGUGGUAAGAGUGCAACUUGCGUCAACACACAAGGCAGCUACUACUGUCAGUGUGUAACGGGGUUCUGGAUAAAUAAAGACAAAGUUAAUUUCACUGGAGAGGAAGGUGUAGAAUGCAAAGACAUUAAUGAAUGUCGGGAAUUGAACAACAUCUGUGGCCCUAAUACUGACUGCAGUAACUCCGCUGGUUCCUUUUACUGCACGUGUCGUUCGGGUUUUAUGGCCAGCAACGGACAGGAGCGGUUUAAUGCAAGCCAAAGUGUUACAUGCAAAGACAUCGACGAGUGUCUUAACAAGGGCAUCUGUGGCCCUAAUGCUGAGUGCAGUAACACAAACGGCUCCUAUUACUGCACGUGUCUUUCUGGUUUUAUGGCCAGCAACAGACAGGAGCGGUUUGAUGCAAGCCAAAGUGUUACAUGCAACGACAUCGACGAGUGUCUUAACAAGAGCAUCUGUGGCCCUAAUGCUGAGUGCAGUAACACAAACAGCUCCUAUUACUGCACGUGUCUUUCUGGCUUUGUCGCCAGCAACGGACGGGAGCGGUUUAAUGCAAGCCAAAAUGUUAAAUGCAACGAACUGGACUGUAACAGACUUCACAGUGGAAGCCUAUCUGGGCAGAUCGAUUCCGAGCUGAAGCAGAUUCUGACAGAGUUGAGUAGCACAUGCAAGCAAAAGGGAGCGACUGGAGAGGCCAUGUUACAGAUUCUCACUGAGGCUUUAGAAGGCUUUCUUUCAAGAGCGCCUUUAACAGAUAACAAGAUCAUUACAGCACUGUUUGAAGUGGUUGAAAACACACUGCCGCUGAUUGGACAGCUGCUGGUUAGGAGCUAUAUCAACCAAUCAUCUCCUUACACACGAGUCGAGAUGGUGACCCAAAGAAGACCGACCGCCCCACGUGGUCCAUUUUCUUUGUCCACAAACGAUGUGCAAUUCACCAGCCACUGGGAAACAGCAACGGGAGAUUCAUACCUGGGAUUUACCUCUGCGUCCCUGUUCGAGUACAAGAGUUUUGGAAGUGCACACAUCAACAGCUCAGACAGUGGGGGAAAAAUCUCCGCAGGUCAAUACCAGCUCAACUCCAAAGUAGUGACGAUAGCAGUCACAAACCCAAACACGGCUCAUCUGGAGAAACCGAUCACGCUCAACUUCUCUCACCUGCAGGAAGCGGUGAGGAGUAUAUCCUGUGUGUUCUGGGACUCGAAGCUGGAAGGUGGAGCGUGGUCUACUCAAGGAUGCAGUGUGGUCCAGUCCAGCACCUAUAACACCGUCUGCUCAUGCUCACACCUCAGCAGCUUCGCUGUGCUAAUGGCGCUCUAUGAGAUGGAGAAUGUGUUUGAGCUACAGCUGAUCACCUGGAUUGGACUCUCCCUGUCUCUAAUCUGCCUCCUCAUCUGCAUACUGACCUUCUGGCUGGUCCGUGCCAUCCAAAGCACCCGCACCACCAUCCACCUGCACCUCUGCAUCAGCCUCUUCCUCGCAGACUUCAUCUUCCUCGUCGGCAUCAGCCAAACGGACAACAAGGUGGGAUGUGGGGUGGUGGCGGGUCUGCUGCACUUCUUCUUCCUCGCUGUGUUCUGCUGGAUGUGUCUGGAGGGCGUGCAGCUUUUCCGCAUGGUGGUGCUGGUGUUCCACACCACUCUGAGUCGUGGCUACCUGAUGGCCGCCGGUUACGGAGUCCCCGCCCUCAUCAUUAUCGUAUCAGCCAGCGUCAAUUACAGCGGAUAUGGCACAUCACGCUACUGUUGGCUCAGUCUGGAGAACGGUUUCAUCUGGAGCUUCUUCGGCCCUGUUUGUGUCAUAAUCGUUGUGAAUGCAGUCUUCUUUCUGAUAACAGUAUCGAGGUUGGCGCAGAAAUUCAACUCCCUCAACCCUGACUUAAGCAACCUGAAAAAAAUCAGGACAUUCACAAUCACUGCCAUUGCUCAGCUGUGUGUGCUCGGCACCAUGUGGAUCUUUGGCUGUUUUCAGUUUGAUGAAGGAACGUUGGUCAUGUCCUACAUCUUCACUAUCCUCAACAGCUUGCAGGGGGUGCUGGUGUUCAUCAUGCACUGUCUGCUCUCCAAACAGGUGAGAGACGAGUACAUCCGAUUCCUGACCUGUCUGACUAUAAAACAGAAGAGGUCAUACUCCGAGUUCAGCACAAACCAGUCCAGCAAAUCCCAGGUGACCAAAAGCGUUCAGACCACAGGAGAGUUGCCCCUCUGAAGCGUACACACCUCGGGCAGCGCUACCUCGUGCGCGCCUUGGCCGAAUUCACUGCGAUGAUGCUCACGUUCAGCACAAGCUCAUCUGUUGAAUUAGCUGCUUUCUGAUUCUGCUGUUGUGUGUUGUUGUUUUGUUACAGAAAAACCCCUGCAAGUACAAAUCCAAGUCGAGUCUGACGUUAGCAGAUCGCAAGUCUAAUUAACCUCAGGCUCAAUUUGUAGUGCAAGUCAGUACAAAACAAUAUUCUGCUCCUCAAGUCCUGCUCUGGUUCCGGUGAUGUAGGUUGCAGAAGCAUACUACACACAAGGACUUACUGUUACUGUUGAUUAUUUUCCUAUUGCAGCAUGGUAAAGUGCUUUAUUCCUCUAAUUCAGCAGCAAAUUGUCAAUGACUACAAUAUUUCAUUUAUUAACGAAUAACACGUCAGCGUGUUUCAUUUAUUAACGAAUAACACGUCAUUUAACGUCGAGGAAGAUCUACGAAACAAGUUAGUAAGUUAAUAUAGCAGCUAUAAACAUUCGUUCCCUCACAACUUUCGUUUCACGUUUUGAUGCACGUUUUGAUGUCGUCACGUGACGCAUCACGGCCCGAGUCUGCAGAAAAUCUGCCGUCGUUUUGAAAAAUUGACAGAAACUCCUCCGAAUAUCGCGGCGUUUCCUUGAUUUCGCAAUUCAUUUAAAAUCCUGGAGCGACUGCAUAUAGAGCGUCUGCCAUACAGGUCUUUGUAUAUGUUGUUACUAUAAACAAUAAGGCAUUCAAGUAAUCAACACCGUCCGACCAAUCAGAAUUGAGAGCUCGACGAGCAUGCAAAAAAAUGAAAUAUUUAUUUACAGAGCGUAGUUACGAAAGGUUACAAUAAAUCACAGGACCGGAGUGCUCGAUCACAGAUACGUGCCUCAAAUUGAUCAGCACACUGUGUGUGUGUGUGUGUGUGUGUGUGUGUGUGUGUGUGUGUGUGUGUGUGUGUGUGUGUGUGUGUGUGUGUGUGUGUGUGCGUGCUGCAGGAAAGACCAACAGUCUACAAUUACAAUCAAGCAAAUAAGGAUCGACCUCAUACGAUCGCUUUCAAACGUCUUUAAAGAGAUACGAAAAGAAAAACACCUUUCUGUCUCCAGAGCGCAUCACUACUGAACCUCAGUAGUACUGACUGAAUCAGUUUAGUGAUGGUGAAAGUUGUUUUAGCUUAAAAGCAACAGAUUAAAGAGUUGAAAUGAGGAAUGGAACGUCUUCAUUAGUAUUAGAACAUUUCCGAACAUUAUUAGUGUCCCAGGCUUAAUUUCAAAGGGUAGAUGCAGGCCACAAUGUAAAACCCUUAGCAAAUGUAUUUAUAAGUGGGUGUAUUUUUUUUUAUGAUGUACACAAUUUUAAAUGAAUUUUAAAUGAAUUUAUUGUAAUAUUUAAUGCUGAGCUUUAAUUAUUUGAAAGCUACUUUGGUAUACUUUUUUUUAUGCAAUACUGUUAGAAUGAAUGCUAAGAAUAAUACUUCUGAUCUAUAAAACACAGCUUUCAAGGAUUUAAUUUUAUAUUGUUAUUAAAAUAUUCUGUUUGAAUAUUGCAAUGUAAAUGAUUACCUAUCUGGUGUUAUGGCACUUUAUUGCGAGAGGAAUGAAAAUGAAUGUAUGAGCUGGUGGUAGCUUCAGGUGUAAUGUAAAGACAUGUUUCUAGCUGCAUUUUAUCAGGUACAUUUUGUUCCAUUCCGCUCUCCUUCAAACAAAAAUAAAUAAUAUGCUUUAAAAAAAAUAAAAAUUAGAAAAAACCUCUGCAGUGCA